AUGUCUAACAAAACUCCCAGUGGUGAGGCUACGGCCACCCCUAAACCAUUGCAUCCUGUGUACACAAUGACAAAUAUUCAAAACAAAGUUCGGGUACUUGAUGGGAUAAAUGUAACAUAUUCUGCCUGGGUAAAAUUGUUCACGCUCCAUGCAAAGGGCUAUGAAGUUCUUCCCCAUAUUGAUGGCACGACUACUCCUGACAAAACAGACCCGACUUACGAGUCAUGGGUUAAGAUAGAUGCCAUCGUCCUUCAAUGGAUCUAUGGUACUCUAUCAGACGACCUUUUUGUUCGCAUCCUUGAGGCCGACACUACUGCUAGAGAUGCAUGGGUAAGGUUACAGAAUGUGUUUCUCAACAAUAAAGGCUCACGAGCUGCAACUCUCGAGCACUCCUUCACUAACCUAAAACUUGCUGCGUGUUUUUCUAUGGAAGAAUAUUGUCAGAAACUCAAAGAUCUAAGCGAACAGUUGAAAGAAGUCGAUCAACCAUGCAAUGAAGCUCGGAUGGUUAUGCAAUUGGUGAGAGGUCUCCCACCCGAAUAUCGUGUAGUGGCAUCACUUAUUAAUCAACAGUCCCCUAAAUGGGAUGUUGCCAGAGACAUGAUUGAAUGA